AUGUAUGGCUGUGAGUGGGAUGAUGAAUCUGGAGUCACAGAGGGGUUUAUGCAGUUUGGAUAUGAUGGGGAGGAUUUCGUAGCAUUUGACCAGAAGACAAAGACAUGGAUCGCCCCAACACCACAGGCAGUCAUCACCAAACACAAGUGGGACAGAAACAUGGGUUUCAAUGAGCAGCAGAAACACUACCUCACCCAGGAGUGCAUUGAGUGGCUGAAGAAGUAUCUGGACUAUGGGAAGAGCACUCUGCAGAGGACAGGUACAGAGACACAUGACAUAGCUCGACUUACACAGGAAUUAUGUGAUAUUUCAUUAUCAGGAAUAAUUUCAAAAUCAAUUGUUUUUAAGAGACAUGAAAUUGUUGUUUUGAAUGACAAUAGUAUUUUCUUUAUCAUUUAACUGUCUCUCUACUGCUACCCUCUCUGUCUUUUUCUCUCUACUGCUACCCUCUCUGUCUUUUUCUCUCUACUGCUACCCUCUCUGUCAUUUUCUCUCCCAUCUCUAUCUGUGUGCGUCUGUCUAUUCCCCCUCUCAACACUACACUACACUCCCUCCUUUCCCCCUUCUCUCUCUCCAGUCCAUCCCUUAGUGUCUCUGCUCCAGAAGACCCCCUCCUCUCCAGUGACCUGCCACGCUACAGGUUUCUACCCCAGUGGAGUCAUGGUGUUCUGGCAGAAAGACGGACAAGAUCAGCAUGAAGAUGUGGAGAAUGGAGAGACUCUCCACAACGAUGAUGGAACCUUCCAGAAAAGCGUCCCCCUCACAGUGACGCCUGAGGAAUGGAAGAACAACAAGUAUCAGUGUGUGGUUCAGGUCACUGGUAUCAAGGAGGACUUCAUCAAGGUUCUGACUGAGUCUGAGAUACAGACCAACUGGGGAAAGACCAACAGGGGUAAGAGGGAGAAAUAUACACUAUACCCAACCCUACUGAAUUGUGCACAAUAUUGCUAAUUUGUUCACUCAUCUGCUCAGUAAACCUACCUUUCUGACCGCAUGUUCUCAUUGAUCUCCUGAACUUUUAUUGACAUUGAGGGAUGCUGCUUGGAGUUCAUUUUAGAUGAAAAUGUACCAUCUAGCACUGUAGUCUGAAUGCUCUAUUCUGAUGAUUACAGGUGCAAAUGACCCAAACACCACUGGCUCCGCCCUCAUCAUUGGAGUGGUUGUAGCUCUCCUGGCCAUUGUUGCUGUUGUUGUUGGGGUCGUCAUUUGGAAGAAGAAGAGCAAGAAAGGUGUGAGGAGAGAAAGACCUCUUUCUAUUGUCAUAUGUAGGAUACACUGUCAUCUUAGAUAUUAUCAGAAGUGAUUUACUUAGUAGUUUAGAAGUAGUAGUCAAGUCAUAGUACUGGUUUAAACAAGCAAUAGUGUUGUAGUUAGUGAUGGUAGAAGUAUGUUUAAUUUGAUAUUUUAUGUGAUGUCUGCAGUAGAAAUACAGUAUUCAAACAUGUUCUCUUGUAAUAUUCCAACAAAUCAGUCAAUAAUAACAUCACGUUUAUCUCUGUUUCAGGCUUUGUUCCAGCCAGCAGUAAGUGGGGACCUUCAUGUUUUUCGCUAUUCUGAAAGGAUCACAGAUUUUUGUUUUGUUUUGUGUUUGACUGGAUCCAUUUAAGAAUGUGUUUGUGUCUUUUUUCCUUGUAGAUUCUGAUGCUGGUUCAAACUUAGAUGUCAAUUGAUGUAGCUACUUAGUUAAUAUGGAAGGUUUUAUUUACCGUGAACCAUGCAUUAGGAACUUGUAAUUUAACCUGAACUCAUUAUCUUUCAAUUAGUCUAUUUUUCUUACAUUGCUUUCAUUUCUGUUUUAGCUUCCGACACUGACUCUGACAACUCUGGGAAAGGUGUCCAAAAGACUUGAGAGACCUCUCUGCACUUCUGUAACAUCAGAGUAAGUCACUUAAGGUGUCCUCAUAUUAAUGAGCAAACUAGAGAAACAACCGCUACCACACUGGAACACACUGCUACUGUUUGGAAUGGGUUUAUGUGUGUAACCCCUCUCUUCUCAUGUGUUUUAGGAAGGAGCUGAAGAGGACAGGAACUAA